CAUGUACAGCACUAGUAGGUAUAAUAGCUGGUGCCUCCAUUGUUCCGCACCUGCAGUGGGAGGUGGGGGAGGCAGAUGAGAGACAAUACUCUACUGAAACUCUGCAGUUUAAGUGGAAGGUUAGAGUCUCACCUUUGUCAUGGAACCGGAGACCAGAAAAUAGUACAGAACGAUAGUGUUGUUUUCAUUUUGAUCGAUUUCACAGUAAUAAAGGUUCAGCUCUCUGCAGUUAUUCUGCUGUUUUGAAGUCACCAUCCCGAGCUCGGAUGCUGCCUCCUUCCCUCUGAAGUCUCCAUGUGGUUGUUGCACCUCUCGUACCUAUGAUGGUGCAGUAUGAGGCUCAUGCAGAAGCAGGAUCUAUUUUUGAAAUGUAAAAGGCUGUUUUCUAAAGCCCUGACUGGGGAGAAGUCGGCUUACUGACCUUGAAGAUUCAUCAGUAUGUAGUUUCUCCAUUGUAAUCGCAGGGGGGGCUUUCAAGACGGUGACUGGAGGAGAAUAUCUUUUUACUGCAUGGGCACCUGCGCUGACACGAUGUCCCAUGGGAUUAUGUUAAUGUGAGAACAGAAACGAUGCAGACGCGUGUUCAUGCGAGAUACAUAUCACUUUAAUAUUAAUUGAUAUUUCUUUUGGAAAGAUUUAUUAUUAUUUUUUUCCUUUUUUCUUUUUGAAGUAUGUGUGUGCGCAUCAACACAUGAUAUAGUCCCGAUAAUGGUGGAAUGUGGUUAGUGGUCUUCAGUAUUUCAUCUGAGUGAUUUACUAUGUUAAGGUGUGACCUCAUCAUCCCGGCUCCAUGAUCCUCCCCUCGCAGCUCAAGCAGACAGCCCUGAUAUCAUGCACACACACCUACAUACACACAUCCACAUACACAGGGACAAACAGAACAGCAGGAGAGGGGACUUGAGGCAUCUUUGGAGAUUUUAUCAUUUUAUUUCCUACGUGUGUCUAUCUCUCGGUUGUCUGCGCAUGGAAGAGACAGUCGGGGAGUGAGGGAGAGAGAAAGCGAAGCAUAGGUGGCGAACGGGAGGGAGCGAGGAUCAUGCAUGUGCAUUAACUCAGCUCCAGCGGCGCAGCAGCAGCAGCAGCAGCAGCAGCAGCAGCAGCAGCACAAGAGCGAAAGAGAGAGAGAGAGAAAGACAGAGAGGGAGAGUUAGAGGGAGGGUAGUAGUCUCAGGCACAAGAACAAAAGCUGCAGAGGACUGGUUUCCAUCUCCACUAAAAGAACAACGGAGGAGUAAUAGAAGGAGGAGGGGUGGUCAUGAUUACAGUAAGACAAUAACGGAGGAGGAGAGGCACAUUGUAGUUAGUGACGACUGAAACCGAGGGUAUUCUCUUCUCUGCUCUCCAUGUUUUUGGGGAAUCAACCACUGCCUUCGUCUCCAAACCCAGAGGAGGAUGUCCGUGUCGGGGAAGAAGGAAUUUGACGUGAAGCAGAUCCUCAGGCUCCGCUGGCGCUGGUUCAGCCAUUCAUCCCAGGGUUCGGCCGGUGGCGGGGGCGGUGGCGGCGGGGGCGUGGGAGGCUACAUCCAGCAGGAUGGCCUGGACCACAGGGGGACGCCCGUCCAGGGCCGGCUGAAGAGUCACUCGCGGGAACGGGGUGGCGGGGGACUACGGAAGAACAGCCCGGUGCACAGCAUUUUGGUCCCGACGCCAGGGCCCACACCUGUGUACGUCAGAGCGGGGAAUCAGUCGUGGCACCAGCAGCAGAACACCAUCCAGGGUCUCCAGGUCAAUGAGGAGUUUUCAAAGGGCAGCUCGUCACCUGGUACCACGAGGAAAGAGGACCCCAACACCGGCCAGGAAGAUGUGAAGAGCGGCAGUGAGGCACCUGCAGAGGUGGAGGUCAGAGAGAGGUUGACUCUGAGCACUUUCUCCAGGAUGAACACCAACUCCUCCGAUGAGUUUUUCCAGGCCACAAAUCAUGCAGAACAGACCUUUCGGAAGAUGGAGACCUACCUCCAACACAAGCAACUGUGUGAUGUCCUCUUGAUAGCGGGGGAUCACAAAAUACCAGCUCACAGGUUGGUGCUGAGCGCCGUGUCCGACUACUUCGCCGCCAUGUUCACGAGUGACGUGAGAGAAGCGAAGCAGGAGGAGAUCAAAAUGGAAGGAGUGGAUCCAGAGGCUCUCAGAUCCCUGGUUCAUUUCGCCUACACCGGUGUCCUUGAGCUGAAGGAGGAGACCAUUGAGAGCCUACUGGCGGCGGCUUGUCUCCUGCAGCUCCCACAGGUCAUCCAGGUUUGCUGCAACUUCCUAAUGAAACAGCUCCAUCCCUCCAACUGCCUGGGAAUACGCUCGUUUGCAGAUGCGCAGGGCUGCGUGGACCUGCUCAACGUGGCUCAUAACUACACAAUGGAACACUUCCUGGAGGUCAUUCAGAACCAGGAGUUCCUGCUCCUCCCCACGGCGGAGAUCGUGAAGCUGCUCUCCAGCGACGACAUCAACGUUCCAGACGAGGAAACCAUCUUCCAGGCGCUGAUGAUGUGGGUGCGCUAUGACGUCCAGCGACGCCAGCAGGACCUCGGGGUGCUCCUCGCCUACAUCCGCCUGCCGCUCCUGCCUCCACAGCUCCUCGCAGACCUGGAGAACAACAAAAUGUUCUCCGAUGAUCUGGAGUGCCAGAAGCUGCUGAUGGAGGCCAUGAAGUACCACCUCCUGCCCGAGCGCCGGCCCAUGUUCCAGAGCCCGAGGACCAAACCCAGGAAAUCCACCGUGGGCGCCUUGUACGCCGUCGGGGGCAUGGAUGCAACUAAAGGCUCCACCACCAUAGAGAAGUACGACCUGCGGACCAACACGUGGGUCCAGGUCGGCGUCAUGAACGGGCGGCGGCUGCAGUUCGGCGUCGCCGUCAUCGACAACAAGCUGUACGUGGUCGGCGGGAGGGACGGGCUGAAGACGUCCAACAUGGUGGAGUGCUACAAUCCCAUCAGCAAAGUGUGGUCCACUAUGCCGCCCAUGUCCACGCACAGACAUGGACUCGGUAUCGCCGUGCUGGAGGGGCCCAUGUACGCGGUGGGGGGCCACGACGGCUGGAGCUACCUGAACACGGUGGAGCGCUGGGACCCGCAGGCCAGGCAGUGGAACUACGUGGCCAGCAUGUCGACGCCGCGGAGCACCAUGGGAGUCACGGCGCUCAACGGAAAGCUCUACUCGGUGGGGGGCCGGGACGGCAGCUCCUGCCUGAGGUCCAUGGAGUGCUUCGACCCGCACACCAACAAGUGGAGCAUGUGCGCCCCGAUGGCGAAGCGGCGGGGGGGCGUGGGCGUGGCCACGUACAACAACUUCCUGUACGCCGUGGGCGGCCACGACGCCCCGGCCUCCAACCACUGCUCCCGGCUCUCCGACUGCGUCGAGAGGUACGACCCCAAGACGGACACGUGGACCACGGUGUCCUCCCUCGGCGUGUCCCGGGACGCGGUGGGCGUGUGCCUGCUGGGCGACCGCCUCUACGCCGUGGGCGGAUACGACGGCCAGUCGUACCUGAGCACCGUCGAGUCCUACGACGCGCAGAACAACGAGUGGACCGAGGAGGUCCCGCUCAACAUUGGAAGGGCAGGCGCCUGCGUGGUGGUGGUGAAAUUGCCUUGAGCGCUUUUGUCUCACGGCGGCACGAGGAACAAGCGCGAGAGCGGCGGCCGCAGCAGAGAGGAGUGGACAAACAAACCCACGGAUCAAGGACGCGUCCUUCGAGAGCCGUGUUUUUAUUUUGCUCCUUUAACUCGGCUCUUCAGAUUUUUCUGAGGGAAAAAACAGACGCAGCCGUGCCCAUGAACCAUUGUUUCUAUCAUUAGUGGACAUAUGUGCCCAGUGGGGGGCAUUGCUCACAUACUGGCAUGCGCUGGACAUUCUCCACAUUCUCAGCCGAUCUAGAGUUUUCACAGGCUCGGCAGCGCCGUGCCGAGCCUUUGUUGGACUGGCUCGUUAUACUAGUUGUGUGUACGUCUCAAAGACUCGUUGUGUUAAAGUUUGACUUGGACUAAAUCCGCUUAAGUGUGAAUUAGUUUUGCAUUCACGCACACACAUCUGUCAUCAGUGCCAUCGCAUACUUUCUAUUUUCGGGUUCAUAUUUCCCACGUGUAACCAAGUACCGGUCUCUUGGUAAAGCUUUUGGUCCCGUGAACCGAGGGCGACCCCUUUUUUUCCCAGGCUGGACUCAAGAACAGCAGAGAAGUCAAACAAUACAUUCAGACAUUUUCCUGAGUGACUUUUGACUUUUCUACUGAGCCUGUAGCUACAAAAACACCAAAGUCAUUGGCUGCUCUCACACAGGAAAUGAAAGGAAGGUUUACGAACUUGUGAAUUAUAGAGAAUAUAUCAUAUUGAUAUUUCACACAGCUGUACAGAUUCUAUUGGCGGUGGUGGAAUCACGCCUAAAGCAGGGAAUGUUUGACCUGAUUUACACGUGAUUAUAGAUCAAGAUCGCUGUCUUUUUAUUUGGCAGAGCCUCCACGCACAGCAGACGCCACCGUUUGUCCCAGAGUCCAGGAUCCGCUGUCUCCGUGUUGAUCUGUCCGUCUGCUUUUCCUCCCAUCAAACGUUCCACGCUUACUCCUCAGCUGAUCUCCCGAGUUUUAUGGUUCGCUCAUUCUUUGCCAACUCUUUGUAACUGUACUUCUGACGUGUUUCUAGAGGCCAAAAUGUCACUUUUUAUGUUUUUAUCAUAAUUUUGUACAGCAUGCAAACCAAUAAAUAAAAUGACUUCCGUGUCCUCUGCAUGUUUACUGAA